AUGGAGGCUCAGAGUUGCAGUGCGUUGCAGUACCUUCCCGGUCACCAAGCUAGUUGUCCGCUCCAGGCGAGCCCAUGUCGUUUAGCCGCGACAUAUUGGUGUCCAGGCCGGCCUUGUCAGUCCGUCGACUCAUUCGGAAACUGCGGCUUCAAGAAUUUGAGCCUUCAAGACUACCUAGGUAGGGAUGACGGGGACAGCCAGAGCCCGUGGCAACUCAAUUGCCCGCACUCAAGUCCCAGGCUGUGUCAAUAUCGAGAGCGCAUCUUCAUACUGUCCCGCGGAGAAGGAGCACUUUAG